AUAUAUAACAAUAAAUCUUUAGUCCAGAGUGAACAGGGCUGGAGCAAGCAGGCUCAACCAGAGCAAGCAAUCUUCAUUCCCAGCAACCACAUGAUGGCUCACAAUCAUGUACAACCACAGUGUACCCAUAUACAUAAAAUAAAUAAAAUAAGUAAAUCUUAAAAAAAAAAAAAAAACAGUUGCAGCUUCCAUAGGUUCUGGUGAGACUGAGGAGCUGAGGAGAAAAGGACUGUUCACAUGGGAGCAGCAGUAGCAAGGACUCACAGUCAGCAGUUGUGAGAAAUUUGACAACCAAAUGGUGUCUGAGAAGUAUGUAUGUCUGUGAAAAACGGGAGGCCCACACUCCACCUGCUGAAUGAGAAAUAGGUAGAAUCCAGCAAUCUGCAGUUGGAUCAAGAAGCCCUGUGGGUAAUUCUUGUGUGUCCUAAGGCUGGAGAGUAAUGACAUCCAAGAAGGGUCACAGGAGAAGACUUUUCUGAAAGAUUUUUAUUGCUAGUCUCCCUUUGUAGAGUGUUUUAAGUCCUUUAGAGACAGUGAUUUUUUUCCUGUCUUGUUUUCUAUUCCAUUUAAUGCUGAGAACUACUGAUGCUCAGUAGGUGCUCAAUAAUUGUUGAACAAACCAAUUUAGUAAACACAGCCAGGCACUAUUCUGAGUAUUUUCAUUCCUGGGCUCUGACCGAUCUAAGCUAUGUCCAGUGCUGUAAAUUUGUACUGCAUACAGACCUAAAGCUGCUCACAUGCUAGGCAAAUGGCAUACCACUGACCCCCCCCCACCUUGGGCAGUGGGUAUGCCUGAACCUCCCCUCUUCUGAAUCACUUCCCACACAAUGCCACUUCCCCUUUUCACUUCCCUUGCAUUGACCUCACACACAUACAUGCUGACCACAGGAACCUCACUUUUAGGAAAGGGCUAAGUUUUCAAGAUGGUAGAUAAAGUAGCUGCCCUGAUGCCUUCUUCACAGAUGAGGGCUUCCCUCAUCUCACCCUUCUCCAGUACCCCCAUGAAAUUGAUCACUAUAGUCAAGAUUAUGCAUUUUACAGGUAAGAAAAUGAGCCAGCCAUGGUGUUAUUUGCCUGUUCAAGACCAGCCUGGUGUUUAAAGCAAAUUUCAGGUAUGGCUAUGUUGCAAAACCUUGCCAAAAAAAAAGGAAAACUAAAGCUGAGAAUUUAAAGUUCACAAACCUAGGUGGUUCUUGUUUUCAGACCCCAGUGCCCUUCAGUGAGAAUUUGUCUCCUAAGCAUUGAGUGAAAAGCUAAGUGAUUUCUGGCUAGGGUGGGGUAUUAGGUAAUAAAGAUUGCCUAACAAAGCAGCAUCAAGGGUGACAAGGAAAUGGAGAAGGGAGAAAAGAGGAGGCAGGGUGCACAAGGGAGACUUCAGAGUUAAAGAGGCCAUACCCUCCCAGUUCCUCCUGCCCUGGGUUCCUCUUUCUGGAGCAGGUCCAGUCAAAACCAAGGCCUCCUCUCUGUGAGCAGUGCAGAAACAUAGUGUUCAAAAUGCCUGCUGAAAUGCAAGCCCCUCAGUGGCUCCUGCUGCUACUGGUUAUCCUGCCAGCCACAGGCUCAGACCCUGUGCUCUGCUUCACCCAGUAUGAGGAGUCCUCUGGCAAGUGCAAAGGCCUACUUGGGAGAGACAUCAGGGUAGAAGACUGCUGUCUCAACGCUGCCUAUGCCUUCCAGGAGCAUGAUGGUGGCUUCUGUCAGGCAUGCAGGUCUCCACAAUGGUCAGCAUGGUCCUUAUGGGGGCCCUGCUCAGUUACAUGUUCUGAGGGGUCCCAGCUGCGACACAGGCGCUGUGUGGGCAGAGGUGGGCAGUGCUCUGAGAAGGUGGCUCCUGGAACUCUUGAGUGGCAGCUACAGGCCUGUGAGGACCAGCCAUGCUGUCCAGAGAUGGGUGGCUGGUCUGAGUGGGGACCCUGGGGGCCUUGCUCUGUCACAUGCUCCAAAGGAACCCAGAUCCGUCAACGAGUAUGUGAUAAUCCUGCUCCUACAUGUGGGGGCCACUGCCCAGGAGAGGCCCAGCAAUCACAGGCCUGUGACACUCAGAAGACCUGCCCCACACAUGGGGCCUGGGCAUCCUGGGGCCCCUGGAGCCCCUGCUCAGGAUCCUGCCUUGGUGGUGCUCAAGAACCUAAGGAGACACGAAGCCGCUCAUGUUCUGCACCAGCACCUUCACUCCAGCCCCCUGGGAAACCCUGCUCAGGACCAGCCUAUGAGCAUAAGGCCUGCAGUGGCCUACCACCUUGCCCAGUGGCUGGUGGCUGGGGGCCAUGGGGCCCUUUGAGCACCUGCUCUGUGACUUGUGGCCUGGGCCAGACCCUAGAACAACGGACAUGUGAUCACCCUGCACCCCGUCAUGGGGGCCCCUUUUGUGCUGGUGAUGCCACCCGGAACCAAAUCUGUAACAAAGCCAUACCUUGCCCUGUAAAUGGGGAGUGGGAGGCCUGGGGAAAGUGGAGUGACUGCAGCCGUCUGAGAAUGUCCAUCAACUGUGAAGAAAUCCCAGGCCAGCAGUCACGUUCAAGGAGCUGUGGCGGCCGCAAAUUUAAUGGGAAGCCAUGUGCUGGAAAACUCCAGGAUAUUCGACACUGCUAUAACAUCCAUAACUGUUUCUUGAAAGGUUCAUGGUCACAGUGGAGUACCUGGGGUCUGUGCACACCACCAUGUAGCCCCAACCCCACCCGUGUCCGCCAGCGCCUCUGCACACCUUUGCUCCCCAAGUACUCGCCUACAGUUUCAAUGGUUGAAGGUCAGGGUGAGAAGAAUGUUACCUUCUGGGGGACUCCACGGCCACAGUGUGAAGCGCUACAGGGGCAGAAGCUGGUGGUGGAAGAGAAACGGCCAUGUCUACAUGUGCCUGUCUGCAAAGACCCAGAAGAGAAGAAACCCUAAAAUCCCUUGCUUCCAUUCUGACCCCCUGACUUUCUAGACCACAAUAAACCAGCCUUUCUAGACUC